CACCACCUUCUUCAUUCCCUCUCCCGUCGCCUUUACAUUUCUUUAAUCUUUUUCCUCUCCAAUCUCUUCUUUUCUUCCUUGCCUUUCCUUUGCUUCGCCUUCUCUCGGGUUUCUUCCUCGAUUGAAUGACCGAUCGUCGGCGGCGACUCAAGGCAGAAACAGAGCAUCAUGGGGACGCCGGUGAACAUCAUCGUGGGGUCGCACGUGUGGGUGGAGGAUCCCGAGGCGGCGUGGAUCGACGGCCAAGUCACGGCCAUCAAAGGCGGCGCCGCCACUAUACUCACCACCAUCGGCAAGACCGUUGUGGCGAAUCUGUCGAGUAUAUACCCCAAAGACACAGAAGCUCCUGCAGCUGGGGUGGAUGACAUGACCAAAUUGGCAUAUCUCCAUGAGCCAGGAGUUCUACAGAACCUUUCUUCCCGAUAUGCACUAAAUGAGAUUUAUACCUACACUGGGAAUAUAUUGAUCGCUGUGAAUCCAUUUCAAAGGCUUCCGCAUUUGUAUGAUGUGCAUAUGAUGGAACAGUACAAGGGGGCUGCUUUUGGCGAGCUGAAUCCUCAUCUUUUCGCAGUGGCGGAUGAUUGCUACAGGGCAAUUAUAAAUGACCAUGGAAGCCAGUCAAUCUUGGUUAGUGGCGAGAGUGGAGCUGGUAAAACUGAGACGACGAAGAUGCUCAUGAGAUAUCUAGCUUUCAUGGGAGGCAGAUCAGGCACCGAGGGAAGAACAGUAGAGCAACAGGUCUUGGAGUCCAAUCCGGUGCUCGAAGCAUUUGGCAAUUCAAAAACUGUGAAAAAUAACAACUCAAGUCGUUUUGGAAAGUUUGUGGAAAUCCAAUUUGACAAAUACGGGAAGAUCUCAGGAGCUGCAGUUCGCACAUACCUUCUUGAACGCUCACGGGUAUGCCAAGUAUCUGAUCCAGAAAGAAACUACCAUUGUUUCUAUAUGCUCUGUUCUGCACCCCCAGAGGAAGCUAAGAAGUUUAAGGUUGCAGAUCCAAGAACAUUCCAUUAUCUAAACCAAACAAAUUGUUUCGAAGUAGCAAACAUGGACGAUGCCAGGGAAUACUUAGAAACUAGAAAAGCCAUGGAUAUUGUCGGAAUCAAUCAGGAAGAUCAGGAUGCAAUAUUUCGAGUAGUAGCUGCAAUUCUUCACUUGGGGAACAUAAAUUUUGCCAAAGGGACUGAAAUUGAUUCCUCAAAGUUGAGAGAUGAGAAAUCACUCUACCAUCUUAAAACAGCUGCAGAAUUACUAAUGGCUGAUGAAAAAGCACUCCAAGAUUCCCUUUGCCAGCGUGUGAUUGUUACACCAGAUGGCAAAAUCACAAAGCUUCUUGAUCCAGAGUCUGCUGCACUAAGUCGUGACGCUUUAGCUAAAACAGUAUACUCAAGAUUGUUUGACUGGAUAGUAGACACAAUCAACACCUCAAUUGGACAGGAUCCAGAUGCAAAAGAAAUUAUUGGCGUACUCGAUAUAUAUGGAUUUGAGAGCUUCAAGAUAAACAGUUUUGAGCAAUUGUGUAUCAACUUAACUAAUGAGAAAUUGCAACAACAUUUCAAUCAACAUGUAUUCAAGAUGGAGCAAGAAGAGUACACCAAAGAAGAAAUCGACUGGAGUUAUGUGGAGUUCGUAGAUAAUCAAGACGUACUGGAUCUUAUAGAAAAGAAACCUGGGGGAAUAAUUGCACUGCUUGAUGAAGCAUGCAUGUUUCCAAAGUCUACACAUGAAACUUUUGCUCAGAAGAUGUACCAAACAUACAAGAAUCACAAGCGUUUUAGCAAGCCAAAACUUGCUCGAACUGCCUUUAACAUCAACCAUUAUGCUGGAGAUGUUACUUACCAAGCUGAUCUAUUCCUCGAUAAGAACAAAGACUACGUUGUUGCAGAACAUCAAGCUCUAUUAAAUGCUUCAAAGUGUCCUUUCGUGGCAAAUCUAAUUCCACCAUUACCUGAGGAAGCUUCAAAACAGUCAAAGUUCUCAUCAAUAGGUACUCGCUUUAAGCAACAACUCCAAUCACUUAUGGAAACUUUGAGCACCACAGAACCGCAUUACAUCAGAUGUAUAAAGCCCAAUACAGUCUUAAAACCAGGAAUCUUUGAAAAUUUCAAUGUCUUGAACCAAUUGAGAUGUGGGGGUGUGUUGGAAGCAAUCAGGAUAAGUUGCGCUGGCUAUCCAACAAAAAGAACCUUUGAGGAAUUUGUUGAUCGUUUUGGAAUUCUUGCAGUAGAUCUUGUUGAUAGCUCGGAUGAAAAAGCAGCAUGUGCAGCUAUAUUGGAAAGAAUGGGCUUGAAAGGCUAUCAGAUAGGAAAAACGAAAGUAUUCCUCAGAGCUGGUCAGAUGGCUGAACUAGAUACUCGCCGCAUGGAAGUUUUGUCUAAUGCUGCAAGGACCAUCCAGAGGCAAAUACAUACACAUCUUGCUCGGAAGGAAUUCCUAACUUUGCGCAAAGCCUCAAUUCAACUGCAAAAGCUUUGGAGAGCACGUCUUGCAAGAAAGCUAUAUGAAAGCAUGAGAAGAGAGGAUGCAUCGAUACGCAUCCAGAAAUAUGCACGUUCUCAUGUGGCUAGAAAAUCUUAUUCACAACUGCGGUCAUCUGCAAUUGUCAUUCAAACAGGACUAAAAGCAAUGGCAGCACGUAAUGAAUACAGACAUAAAAGGAGAACCAAGGCUGCUAUAAUAAUACAAACUCAAUGGCGUCUAUAUCAAGCUCGUUCAGCUUAUAAACAUCAAAAGAAAGCAACUUUGAUACUUCAAUGCCUGUGGAGAGGGCGUAUUGGAAGAAAGGAACUUCGGAAGUUAAGAAUGGCUGCAAGGGAAACAGGAGCACUUAAGGAAGCAAAGGACAAGCUCGAAAAGAAGGUUGAAGAGCUAACUUGGAGAUUAGAUGUUGAAAAGCAUAUGAGGAUUGACAUCGAAGAGGCUAAAGGGAAAGAAAUUACAAAGCUACAAAGUGCAAUACAAGAAAUGCAUGUGAAACUUGACGAAGCCCAAGAAGCAAUUAUCAGAGAAAAAGAAGCAGCUAGGAUUGCUAUUGAACAAGCACCACCAGUCAUUAAAGAGGUCCCAGUGGUCGACAAUGCCAAACUAGAUUCGUUAGCCAACCGCAAUAAUGAGCUAGAGGCUGAGCUAAGUAUAUUCAGGUCCAAGGCCGAGGAAUUUGAAGGAAGAUAUAAUGAGGUUCAAAAUCGAGUUGAAGAAUUACUAAGAGACACAGAAGAAUACAACUCAAAAAUCAGCCAAAUGCAAGAGAUGAUAGAGAGUCUUGAAACAAAUUUGUCUGGUCUAGAGUCUGAGAAUAAAGUUCUGAGGCAGCAAGCAUUAGUUGCUUCCUCAAAUGAAGAUUUAUCUGAUCAAAUCAAAAGUCUUGAAAGCAAGAUCAGCACAUUGGAGUCAGAGAACCAGUUGCUCUGCAAUCGGCCUGCUCCAGUUUAUCACCCAAAUGCUGAUUCCAAAACUACUGAACCACCACCAGUAAUCAAGGAGCCAGCCACAGCACCUCAUGCACCAGCUCUAAGUAAACAGAAAUCACUAACUGAUCGGCAACAGGAAAAUCAUGAUGCACUUAUCAAAUGUCUCUCAGAAUAUAGGAGAUUUGAGAACAAAAGACCUUCCACUGCAUGUAUUGUGUAUAAAUCACUGCUUCAAUGGCACUCAUUUCAAGCAGAGAAGACAAACAUAUUUGACCGGAUAAUACAAACAAUCAGAUCUUUUACUGAGAACCAGGAGAAUGUCGGUGAACUUGCUUAUUGGAUUUCAACGACCUCUACACUUCUACUGCUCUUGCAAAAAAACCUCAAAGCAAGCAGUACAUCAACUACAGGCUUGCACAGAAGUCGAACAACUACAGUCCCCUUAUUUAGUAGAAUGGCAAGAAACACACGCUUAUCUUCAACUGGAGUGGGGAUUUCCAAUGGAUGCAGUGGUAUGGUAAGCAAGACCGAUGACCAAACAAAGAUAGAAGCAAAGUAUCCAGCGUUACUUUUCAAGCAACAACUAACAGCAUAUGUUGAGAAGAUCUAUGGGAUUAUCAGAGACAGCCUAAAAAAAGAGAUUGGACCAUUCUUAACUAUGUGCAUACAGGCACCAAGAUCUUUCAGGCCUAGAUCAAUACGGCCAUCCGCUAAGAGCAUUCAUUCCAAUUUAGUAGCCAAGCAAGCAUCUAGUGUUCACUGGCAAAACAUUGUCAAAUCUUUGGAUCGUACACUAUCUAUGCUCAGAGAAAACUAUGUGCCCAUGAUGAUAAUAAGCAAGACUUUCAGCCAAGUGUUUGCAUUUAUCAAUGUGCAAUUAUUUAACAGCUUGCUACUUCGCCGAGAAUGUUGUUCAUUUAGCAAUGCAGAAUUUUUGAAGGCUGGACUGCAGGAAUUGGAGCAAUGGAGCUCCAAAACAACGGAAGAGUUUGCUGGAACCUCGUGGGAUGAACUCCAACACAUAAGACAAGCAGUUGGGUUUCUGGUUUUGCAUCAGAAGUCCCAAAAAUCCUUGGAGGAGAUAACAAAGGAACUCUGCCCGGCCCUGAGUGUUCCUCAAAUCUAUAGGAUCGGUACCAUGUUUUGGGAUGACAAGUAUGCUACUCAUGGAACGCAUGGAUUAUCUCAAGAGGUGAUUGCAAAGAUGAGAACUAUGAUGACUGACGACUCCUACAUGACGCAUAGCUCUUUCUUGUUGGACGACGAUUCCAGCAUUUCCUUCUCUUUGGAUGAAAUAUCUCGAUCGGUAAUCGACAUCAGCUUCUCCGAGGUGGAGCCGCCGCCGCUUCUACGCGAGAAGUCGGGGUUUCAAUUCUUGGUGCAACCAUUCCAGGAUUGACAAAUUUGCCCUCUUUUUUUAUAUAUAUUUUUUUUAACGAAAGAAGAAAAGGAAUUUUACAAAUAUGAUUUUUUGAGUGUAAAUUGUGAUAUUUUUUUUUGUGAUUUCCUUUUUUGGUACAGAGAUUUGCGGGAUGUGAUUUUUUUUUAUUGGGGAUUGGUUUCAAAAUUAAAAGUUUCUCACAUUUUGUUUGAGCAAACUGUUGUAAACAAUGUCAAACAAUGGCCUGUAUGAACUAUUAUAUGCCAAAUAAAAAAGAAUGAAAUGGUGUUGAUUUUUUU